AUGAGUCAUUCAACAACAAAGCCACCACCUCAGAUUGAAAACUGGACCAAGGAAGACGUCCACCAGUGGCUGAUGACAGAGGUCAAAGUUCAUGAGACUUGUGCAGACAGAUUCUGUGAAGAGGAAGUGUCGGGAGACAUUUUAGUUGUUUUUGAAAAGACAGAUAUAGUGGACCUGGGAAUAAAACACGGUCCUGCUGUCAAAAUCACAUCUUAUCUACAACAUCUGAAAGAAGGAUCACAACAUGAAUCACAGUUCUCAGCAUAUGUGGAAAACUGGACAAAGGAACAAGUGACCCAGUGGUUACUGCAGCACGUGAAAGUAUAUAGCAAAUAUGCAGAACGGCUACAAGAGGAAGACGUAUCUGGAGAUUGCCUCGUUUGCUUCAAGAAGCAGGAUUUUCUGGACCUGGAAGUGAAAAGCGGUCCUACUGUAAAGAUUCUGUCAGAACUCCGUCAGUUGAACAAGAAACCAGAGCCGACACUGCAACCCAUCCUUCACACCAGCACAGACCAAAAAGAGACUCCAAAACCGGCUCAACCGGAAGCUAGUCUGGCUCAGGACAUAGCAGCCAAACAGGCUGAAUCGUGUAACACGAUUCAAUCAAAACCAGACAAAAAGGUGGAAAAUGAAUCUGAAAAGGCUCUGCAGCUAUUCAAGAAAGCUUCAGAGAAGCAGCCAAAGCCACAGAACAUGGGGGCUAGGAGAAAAGAAACAGUUGUGAGCACAGUCACAUCCAAGAUCCCUAUGGAGAUCCAUGAAACUCUCGAGAACCUUACAAAAGAAGACCUAAAAAGGUUUAAUUUCUGCAUAAAAUUCUACACAAAAUCUAAGGUUAAACCUAUUCCUUGGAGUAAACUGGAGGGCAAGGACACCAUGGACACUGCAAAGUUGAUUACUGAGCACUAUAGAAGCAAGGAAGCUUUACAAGUCACAAUUGACAUCCUGAAAGAAAUCAAUCAACGUGAGCUUGCAUGUCAGCUGGAAAAGAACAUGGGUAAGACAACCUCUACCAACAUAGACCGCCUGGCGGGCCGCCAUCUCGCUGAGGUCGGCUGA